AUGAAUAAUAAACCACCUUUGCCAAAACAGAACAACUCUUUCGUUGUUAGAUAAAAAAAUAUCAAGACUACUCCUUACAAGAUUCAUUAAACUAAGGAGAUGCUUUAUUCAACCUAGCCCACAUUUAAUAGUUAGCGAAGAAGUGUUUAAAUGUACAAUAACUCAGUAUUAACACAGGUUGUGCUAAGAAAGUCAAUUAUAACAACACCUUCUAAUAGAUUUGCAAGUUUAUCACCCCUUAAGAUUGAAGCUUUUUCAACUGAAUCCAAGUCACCAUCAGAAAGAUAAAAACCUGAUAUAAAUUCUCUUAGUGACUUUGAAAAAGAAUAAAAAGAAAAUCAUACUCCUAAAAAUAACAUCAUUACCAAUUUGAGCAAGGCUGCAGUUUCUUCAGGAUUACAAAAUACUGCAAGCAAGAGCUAAAAUACAUCUAAGAAAUUUAUGAGAACUACAUAGUCUGCAUUCAUGCUAACAACUGUAUCAAAUAAAAUAAGAUUGAUGAUAAAAAAUGAGGAGAUAUAAAGAAAGUAAAAGCAGAUGGAUCUGAGGAUUAAAAACAGAUCAGCGCAUUAAUUACAAAUUGAUAAACUUAUGAGGAUGAAAGAUUAAAUGGAGGAAAAAGCGCAUAGAAACAGUGCAAGCAUGAUGAGGCAGUCUGAAAAACCGAGAUAGAUAAGAUUUGGCUCUGUGGCUUUUUUAAUACAGAAACCUAUAAUUUAAGAUAUAGGAAAAGCUAAUUUAAGAACAAGAUCAGCAUAAAAAUAUGAUCACCAAUAUCUUUCAUCUCUAAGCCAAUUACCCCUAGAUGAUAAAAUGCGAACUGAUUUCACUAAGUUAAAUAGAAAAGACAUACCUCAUGACGCACUGAACAAAUUCAAAUGGAAGACUAUUCAGUAUCUCCUUGAAACUAAAAAGCAACAGAUAGAUUUGUUGACGAGAGAUUUAAAGUCUUUAAUGCAAGAAGUUAAGGAUGAAACCAAAUAAAUCAAAUUGAAAGAAGAGAGGAGGAAAAAUCUUUAUAAAAGGUUCAACUGGAAUAACAGCUAGUAAGUUUCAGAGUUGGAAUAAAAACCCAAAGAGGAAGAAGAGGGUGGUCUGAAUCGAGAAGAAUUUGGUAGGUUGCUUACUAAGGUAGGCUUAGGAGCAGAUAAGGUUUUAAUAGACAAAAUAUUCUGGAUAUUUGAUGAAGAUGGAAGUGGAGACAUUGAUCACAGAGAACUAGGAGUUGGCUUGGAACUGUUAAAAAAUAACACUUUCGAGGAAAAAUUAGAUAAAUUCUUCGAUCUGUGCGAUGAGGAUAAUUCUGGAACCAUUGAUAAAAAGGAGUUCUACACGCUAUUGAGAUUAAAUGUUACUGAUUAUGAAGAUAGAAAUAGGUUGAAGACUUAUGUUAAUGAAAUAUUUCAGCAAUUUAAGAAAGAAGAUAAAGAUAAAAUAGAAGGACAUAGCAAAGAAGAAGUUAAAGAAGAACUUACAAGAGAGGAAAUGAAAGAAGCCUGUUCCACAAAUCAAAAGAUUAAGAAUCUUAUAGAGAAAAAUGUAAAGAUUCUAAAAGAUAUUGACAACUGGAUUGAGUCAGACUUUGCUAGACCAUUUACUACAAAAAUUUCAUUUUGCGCUGGAUUAAGCAUAAACUCUAGAAAUAAUGCAGUUUAUUAUCCCUCACUUGAUAAAUUCCUAUCAGCCUUUGAAAAGAAAGAGAGGAUUUACAAGGAUGUGCAAAAAAUUAUAAAGAAUUUCGAAAAGAAAGAUAAUCAUCAUCUUUAAGGUCGAAAUAUUUCUGGCCUUGUUACUGAAAAUUCAGAAAAUACUCAUAAUAAUGGGGGUCUUGAUUCGAGCCCUGUAAAGGAUUUGUAAUUUAUGCGAUAGAUGAGGAAUGGAAUGAAUUCAGUCUAGUUCUAAUUGUGA